AUGAAUCCUCAGAUUGCAAAUUUAGUCCUGGUGCUUUUUAUCGUGCAAGUGGCACGAAAAUUUGACAUGGAAGAUCCUAAUGUAUUGUUCUAUGUUCGUGCAUUUUAUGCCUCUUCACAACUGCUCGUGAUGACAUUAUGUUACAUAACUAAAUUCAAGAUAAAAGCGAAGAAUGAUACCACACCUUUGAAAUAUGUUGAGCCAGCAAAACCAUUUCAACAAGAACCCAACGAAGUAGUGCAAACUACUUUUCGUGACUACGAUCUAAAAAAGGUUGAUGAGCUCAUCAAUCAAACCAUAAUAGGUGUUGUUAUAAUGAGUGCUUUACACUUUUACUGGAAUUUUACGCAACCAUUGUUUAUUCAGACAAUAUUGCCGGUGAAGAAUGCGUUGCAGAAUAAUGUUAUCCGGAUUCAUUUGUUGGGUCAUAAGGCGGAAGGGGAGCUAAAACGACCUUUCAAAAUUGUUAGUCCAUUUGGUGCCUUAGCGGACGCUCAGCAACCUGCGACGGAUAAAGCUUCAAUCAAGAAAGCGGAAAAGGCUGCAAAAAAGAAUGAAUAA